AUGGCCUUAACGGGCUACAACUUCCCCUCACUGGCAGCCAUCAAACCAUACCUUGAGCCAGCCGGUACUGGCCGCAGCGCUAUUUGGGCCCGCGAAACCGCGCAGCGCCUGCGCUGCACCGUGUGCGUCGGUUAUCCUGAGAUUGAAGCCGGCACAGGCACCAGCCCAGCCACAUACUAUAACUCCCUGAUUGUGGUCGAUGAGACCGGCGCUGUCGUCCACAAUUACCGCAAGAGCUUUCUGUACUUCACCGAUGAGACCUGGGCCGCUGAAGGCAAGGUGGAGCAUGGAUUCCACGAGCUCACCCUCCCCCGCGCGACUGACAGUGCGGCCCCACGGCACAUCCCCACCUCAUUCGGCAUCUGUAUGGACAUUAACCCGUACAAGUUUGAGGCGCCGUACACGGCCUAUGAGUUCGCGCACCGCGUGCUGGACUCGCGUUCGCAGCUAGUCGUUCUGUCGAUGGCGUGGCUGACCGCGCUCGGCGGCGAACAGCUCGCCGCACUAGGCAACGCCCCGGACAUGGACACCUUCAGCUAUUGGCUGAACCGGUUCAUGCCGCUGCUGGAGACGACAAUGGGACAUACGGGCGACGUCGACGGGUAUGGGACUGCGGGUGAGCCCGCGCCGCGGAGGGUGAUCCUGGUGUUUGCCAAUCGCGCGGGCGAGGAGCCGGCGGCAGAUGAUACCAAGCCACCGGCACGGUAUGCGGGAACGAGCGCAGUGGUUGCGGUGACGCAGCGGCCGCGGACUGAAGGGUCACGGGGUGGACAGGUGGCCGGGACGGACGGGGAGAAGCCGUUCGAUGUGAAGAUCCUCUGCUGGGAUCUGCUGGGAGCCUGCCAGGAGGGGAUUUGUUUCGCGGAUACCACGGCAGGGCCAAAAAUGGUGUUUGGGUUGAAGGCGCGGGGCUCUAAUGGGUCGGCUGAAUCGGAUGGGUCCGACGAGUAG